AUGAACAUGAGCGCGCUCCUCGCGUCGCCCGAGCCGGAAACGCCGCGACAGCAGCAGCCAGCUCCGCCUCCGCCUCCACCGCCCGCAGACGCCAUUCCAUCGGAGCACAUCACUUCGGCGCCACCAAUGCCAUCGUUGCGCAGAAACGACGAUGACGUCUCGCUCUCGGGAACCGGUGGUGGAACUCCCAAGAACGAUGCGGAGGAGCCCAUGUAUACCUCGACAACUACCAGCAUUCGGCGCAAUGCGAGUGGACAGACGUCUUCGGUAUACUCGGGCAACAAGAUACGGCAUUUGAAAAAGGAAGAUGGUAUCCCACUCUGGCGCAAGGAUAUACAGUACGACUUUCUCAAGCUGGUGUUUGAGGAUCAGACGAGAUGCUUCACCAAAGCCAGCGACGGAACGAAUGGGCACACCUUUGCCGAUGUGUACAUUGAUGCCAUGGCGAAGAGCAGCAAAUGUAGCAAGAUCUUGAAAGAAAAACUGCUGCAGGAUCAGGAGGGUGCGAUAAGUAUGGCUAUGGUGUGUCUGCUGGUGAAUGUUGGCAGGAUGAACACCACCUUGAAUUUCUUUCCUGAGAUGCGCGCGCAAUUACGAACAUAUCAUUCCAUCCCAGCGCUUCAAGCCCACCAAGAUCCCAACGCAUACAAGCAGCUACAAGACGCGCYGAGAUUGAAAUCAAUCCUCAAGGGCGCGACAGAAGAUGAACCACAGCCGGCGACCAUGGACGAGAUCAAAGCAGCCUCGAUCCCACGUACGAACCCAGUAAACCUCAUCUUCGUCAUGAGCCAGUACGCACCGAAGAUCAGCGAGCUUCACUUUCCCCCUCCAAGAGACUUUUYCGAUUUGGUAAUGCGACCCAGUCUGGGUAGUGCUAGUCGUGCGAAAGCCUUCUUGUGGUUGAUAUGGUGGUAUCUGGAGAGCAAUUUCACCAAAGAGGACAGUCUUCGAAAUCCCUUCGGACCGGGAGAGUAUGAAUCGGAAGAUGCAGGUGCUGACGCAGUGCCGCUGCGGGUACCGACACUGAAGAAUUUGACUGAGGAGCAGACGGCGGAGGAGAACAUUGACACGGAAGACGAGAAGAUGUUUGGGGAGAUCAAGCGGAAGGAGCGGAUAUCCAUCCUGGCCAGUGAGCCGAGUCCCGCUAUGACUGCCCUCAAGCGAGCGAGGAAAGAAAAGGGCUUGACUACUGGGCACGGUGCACAUGCCAGUGAUGAUGAGGGUAGUGAGAUGGGCGGUUAUCAUCGAGGACCGGCUCCUCCGUCCAUUAAGAACAUCUCAGUGCUACAACAGGAGACUGGGAGUGAGUACACACGAUCGCCAUCGCCCGCCGCCGGUCGUGGCUUUCAAGCUGUCAACACUCAACAACCCAAGCCUGACAUGCGCAUCAACAAUCUGCUGAAUAGCGACCAAAUCAUGCCCGACCAAUCACCACCCCGCAACAUCGCUCCCACGCCUUCCGCCAUCACCUCUGCGCCGCCGAUUAAGAAAGGUCCAGGUCGAGGUAAUUGGCGCAGGAAUAAAAGACCUGAAGGGCCAUCCACAACACCCAGCGGAAGCCGCGCCCAAGAAAACCACCACGUUCCGCUCCUGCCCAAUACUGGCCAGAUCAACUUUGCCUCGGGAGGUCUUUCCGCGCCUGAAUACAACAGCACACCGAGUGGCGGUGGUUCAUUCAACGUCUUCGCCAACAAAGGCGCCACACAGGCAAUGUCUCCACCUCACCAUUCGAUCCUUCCUUCAUCGUCAACAUAUCCACUUAACCCUGGUGGUGCCUCACUUGUCGGUGGCGGCAUGACCCACAUUCCCACACCUUCAUACCAAGCACAGAAACGCAAUCGCGGGGUUACCCAACAUCAAAGUGCAAUCAUGUCGCAUCGAAAGCAGCAGAUCGAUUACACUCUGGACAGCAGAAUCCGUAAAGCACAUAUCAAAUUUCGCCGCAUGAGAGAGGGAGAGAGCGCCGUGGUUCGUGCAUGGAAACGCAUCCGCACGCUCGAUGCCGCAUACGAUUCCGAGGAGGAGGGGAUCAAGAUUCGGAAGGCUCGCGCUCGUGGGGAGAAGGAUGAAGAUGAUGGAGCUACUCCCGGCUGGGGAAGAGGCAAGGGCAGAACUGGCGAAGCGGAUGCCGACGCUUUCCAAGCUGAUGUUGAUGCUUGGAGACGACCAAGAUGUCUGUAUGCAGGGUACGUCAGAUCGACGGGAGAACCGGUUGAUCUUGGUGAGGAGGCUAGGACGUUGGCCAAGAGCUUUAGGAGGCUGAGUCGCAGACUGGAGAGAUGGGGUGACAAUGCUCUGCCUGCAGCUGCCAUGUUGAGAAGGAUUGAUAUGGAAGCUCGUGGCGGUUACGAACUGCAGAGGAAGAUGGAAAUCGAGCAAGAGGAGUAUUAUGAGAGAAUGGAAGCUGAGGAUGAGCCUGCGCCAGUCGUGCGUGCUCCAGCUAAGAGGCAGAGGAAGCGACGGCCGCCUGUUGUUAAGAUUGAGCAACCAGGCGGUAUUGGUGAUGGUCAACAGAGCCACCAGCCUGACUUUGACGCAGACGGACGGGAAGCUGCCGAGCUGGAUGAAGAGGAUAGAGAGCUACUCGGCGAAGUCGACGCAGAUCUCGACGAAAGCGAAGACGAAGAUGGAGAUGAGCAGGAUGAUGUCGACAUGGACGAUUGA